AUGACCCGCCAACUACGUUCUGCCACCAAACCGGCGCCAAAACUGGUACCCGUGUUUCACGAUGCAGAUACCACACUGCGUAUACCAACAACGUUGACAUCAGCAUCAGCAUCAGCAUCACCGAGCACUGAUAUAACCCCUAACUCCAAGCGCAAAUCUAAAAGAAAAGCUCUAGAUGCAAAUCUAGAAUUACCAACUGCAAACACCCCAAAUACUCCUAAACCCACAUCUAAAAAGAAAAAGAUAACUUUAAAGACCUCCCCGUUCCCUACCCACCCCUUUCCUACCCCCUCACAGUGCCAAGAAGUCCACUCCCUUCUCACUGCCGCUCAUGGCCCCGCCAUCCGCCCGGAUACUCUGACAGCCUCAACCCUUCAUGCCGGCUGUGGUGAAGUCCCUUCGGUUCUGGACUCCCUCCUUCGCACUGUUCUUUCAGCGAAUACUUCAGCUCAAAACUCUACAAAGGCUUUUCACGGUCUUAUAAAAGAGUACGGUCACGACCCUGUUCAUGGUGGUGUAAACUGGUCUUUGGUUCACAGAAGAGAUGUAAAAGAAUUAUAUAAAGCGAUAGAAAAAGGUGGUUUGGCGAAUAUAAAGAGUAAGGCUAUCAAGGGUAUUUUGGAAGAGGUUUGUGAGGGUACGAAGAAGAGAGGAGGGAAAGAUGGGGAGAUUAGUCUGGAUUAUUUGCAUGAGAAGGGGGAUGAUGAGGUUAUGGAGACUUUGAUGGGGUUUAAGGGGGUGGGGGUUAAGACUGCGACUUGUGUGCUGAUGUUUUGCCUCCGAAGAUCCGCCUUCCCAGUAGACACCCACGUCUUCCGGAUCUCAAAGUUACUUGGCUGGGUUCCUACGCCGGGAUAUCAACGAGAACUUAUGUCCCAGCAGUCUAAAAUAGCACCUUUAGAACUCUCUGAUGAAGAGGAGGAGGGGGAGGGCGAAGAUGAGGCAGAAGGAGAAGAAGAUAGCAAAAGUGGUCAGGCCGAGAAUUCUCAUCGCGUGGACGGUAAGACAUUCAACUCGGGAGCGGGAGGAUCUGAUCGGAAUGGGAAUAAGCGAAUGCGACUCGUGAAGCCUAAGAGGGGUGGUAAGGAUGUGAAGGUUACACGGGAUACGACGUUUUUGCAUUUGGAUGCUAGAGUGCCGGAUGAGUUGAAAUACGGACUGCAUCAGUUGAUGAUCCGGCACGGCCGUUACUGCCCUACCUGCAACGCAGCCGGCGGUCGAAAAUACGGCAUCGGACAGAGCGGAAAGACGCUAAUUGCGACCAAAAAAAGCGUGAUAGUAAAAGAAGAAAAGGCAGACGGAACAUUUGAGGAGAGUACAGUUGAGGUAAUGGUGAAGGAAGAACCCGCAGAUUCAGAUGACGAUAUACCGCCGCCACCACCUUUGAUUCUGCAAGACGCAACAGCAGAUGCAGGUGAUAAUGAUGCAGAAAAGAUAUCGAUCAAGAUCGAGGAUCAAGGUGGGUUAGCGAGCGAAUUAAAAGGGAAGCCGUACGUUCCGAUUGAUGCUGCGGGCGGGACUGGGGAGAAGACAGGGGGGAACCCGGAUGGGAGCUGCAUUUUGGGAGAGCUGGUUUCGUGGGAACGGUUGGUGUAG